AUGAGUUCAAGCAGUCCGACGUCCUUACAGGAGACUUGGGUGGCGAGUUGUCGUGGGAUCCGCCAGAGGACAGCUGUUCUGUUGCUGUUUCGGACAGUAGAGCUUUUGUGGGGAUUCUGCAUCGGCUGCAAUCUGCAGGAUGACAGCCUCGUGACUUCCUACAACAUCUAUUUCGCCAAGGUGCGAUGGGUUCAGCCUGAACUUCCUGAGCAGCGCCGCAGAGCAAACAUGGUUUUGCGUUCCAUCCCUCAGCGAAGGAUGUUUUUGUAUUGCCGAGGCCAUCAGCUCGCACCCUCAACAGAGAAACAUCAUGCUUGUUAG